UGUCACUACUCAUUUCUUGCCUCUUGGGUGCGUGGGUAGUUGAUUCAUCCGGCGUCUGAGUUUAAUCAAUGUUUAAGUUGUGUCUAAUUUUGGAAUAAUUUUUUACAAACAAUUGAAUUGCAAGUGUCGGUUGAUUGUCGAUAUCGCGAUCAUAAACAGCGGACGAUGGCUAACAACGACGAGGAACAUGGGGAGGCGUCCGUUGAGGAGGAUUCCGAAAAAGAGGUGACAGAAAUCGAGGAUGGAAAACCGGGGGAAAUAUUGAUUAUCGAUCCGGAUACCGAGGAAGUGGAUCUGAAUCAUUCUCGUUUGACAAAAUUGGAGAACUUGGAACCACUGACUAAAAUAAAACGUUUAUGUUUCACAUGGAACUUGAUAAAAAAAAUUGAAAACUUACAGACUUUAACUACAUUAGUUGAACUGGAAUUGCGCGAUAAUCAAAUUACUGUUAUAGAGAAUUUAGAUGCGCUUGUUAAUCUCGAAGUCCUGGAUCUUUCGUUCAAUCGUAUCAAGAAAUUGGAGGGUCUGGAUAAUUUGACCAAAUUAGAUAAGCUGUUCCUUUCAUCGAAUAGAUUAUCCGAAAUUGAGAAUUUAUCUCAUCUGAAAAAUCUUACCGUCCUUGAACUGGGUGAUAACAAAAUAAGAGAAAUUAAAAAUCUAGACGGGUUGAACAACCUGUCGAAUUUAUUUUUUGGUAAGAACAAAAUUACCAAAAUACAAAAUCUCGAAAAUUUGACAAAUCUCAGAGUAAUCAGUCUGCAAGACAACCGUCUUACGAAAAUUGAAAAUUUGCAAACUUUAACUAAACUGGAGCAGCUCUACUUGUCAGAGAAUGGAUUAACAUGUAUCGAAGGGUUGGACAAUUGCUCAGAUAUAACAACACUCGAUGUUGCUAAUAACAGAAUAAAAAAAAUUCAAAACAUUGACCACUUGAGUAACCUCGAAGAUUUUUGGAUGAAUGAUAAUCACGUCGAGGACUGGGCUACUGUGGAAAAUUUGACAGCUAAUAAAAAACUCCAAACAGUGUACUUGGAGAGGAAUCCCAUAGCGAAAGAUCCGAAUUAUAGACGGAAAAUGAAACUCUUAUUGCCUUGGCUUCCACAAUUGGAUGCGACACUAUGUAGAUAAGAAAGAUUUUUGAUGAAUUUUCUGUGACAGUUUGAUGUUCGCACAUUUAUAUUGUUUGUUUUUUUUUUUUUUUUUUUUUUAGUAUUUCUGUCCAAUGUUCAGUACAAACGUGAAGCCCGGUGAAACGCUCGUGAAAAUGCGUUUCCGCCCAAAUUAGUUUGAAUGCACGUUGCACGUACAACAGUGCUGAGUUCUGGUCGAACGCGAUAACGAAGCGAGAAUAAUCUCAAACAACAGAUACUAUAGUGCCAAAGGUUUUUGCCAUAUUCAAAUCAAUAAACAAAUCAUAAUUGAAUGCAACCAUUUAUUCAGAUGUCAGUCGUUUGUCACAAAUAUCUCACUUCAAAUUACGAUAUAUGUAUGAUCACAGUUUAGACUCAACUUUGCGCACCUUAAAGCAAUUAUCUAAUCGUCGUUUUAAAAAUCUAUAAGUUUGUUUCU